AUGUGGAUGCCAGUGGCGAUCAGCAGCGGAACGUCCUUCCGCAUCCAGUGUGAGGAAGUUAAGAACCAAAAGGGCAUGUGCAAGAAGCAGGGUCUGAUUGCCACACAAUGGAAACCUGUUCUCCUACUUCACCUGCCACUGGGUUAUGUCAGUGUUCCAGGAAACAGAAACACCAGCACUCCGCUAGGGAAAAAACCUCCAGGAGUAGAAGCAACUAGCAAGGAGAAAACUAAGGUUAUGGAAGUCCUUGAGGGCAUUCUCUUGCCGGUAACAAUUUAUUCUAAAGAAAACCUGCAAUUUGCUAGAAAAUUCCAAUUCCAAGACACAGAUAUCUUCCUGGUUUCCUACCCCAAAUAAGGCACGACCUGGAUGCAGCAUAUUCUGAGCCUUAUACUCAACAAGGACUUCCAGAACCAAAAUAGAGUGCCUACCUAUAUUCGGGUCCCCUUUGUCGAAGCCCCAAACUUAGAGACAGAAAGAGCCAAAAUACCUGAACCACACCUCUUUGCUAGUCACCUCCAUGCCAACUUUUUCAUCAAUAACUUGAAGAACUCUAAGGCUCGAGUAGUGUUUUUGGUACAAAACCCAAAAGAUGUUCUGGUCUCCUAUUAUCACUACCACAAGUACACGAAGUUUCUGCCAAAUUUCAAUUCCUUUGAUGAUUCUUUCAUCAGUUCAUUGAAGGCAAAGGUUUAUUAUGGUUCUUGGUUUAACCACACUAAGAGUUGGCUAGAUGUCUGCCAUGAACUGAAUUCCUUUCUGAUCACCUAUGAAGACCUGUCUCAAGAACCUCGCCAGGUUAUCCAGAACCUGGCCGACUUCCUGGGAGAGAAGCUGAAACCAGAUGAUCUGGAGAGCAUCCUACAUUACAGCAGUUUUUCCUACAUGAGUCAAAAUGACUCCCUCAACUAUUCGUCUUCCAAAAUUUUUGACCACAGCAAGGGAAAGUUUUUUAGGAAAGGUGUAACAGGAAACUGGAAGGAAUACUUCUCACCAGAGCAGAAUGAUAAAUUUAACAAUAUCUACCAGGAAGAGUUGGAAGAUCUCAAUUUUAAAUUUGACUGGUCUCUGAACUGA